AUGUCCGUUUCAAUAGAAAAUUGCAAAAGACAUGUUUUCGCCAGCUUUCUUCGAGCAAUUGAUUCUAUUGCGCAACCGGAUAGCAAUUAUGUGCCUACAAAAGACGAUUUAUAUAAUAAUAUUAAAAAUUUGUUGAAUGGAAUUUUCCCCCCAAAAAAUCGCGAUCAAGUUGUCCGUCAUGGUCUGAAAACAUCCCUCGACUACGUCGUUUCAGUCUUGUCUUUUGAAAUCACUAAAGCUGGAACUCUGCACAAAGGUCGUUUAAGUACACAAGCAGUGGAAAAAGUAUUUAGCUGCAAAGUUCAUCAAGGUGGACGCACUGUGGUUGCAGACAACAAUGAAAUUACAGAUCCAGGUGCUCUAUCAGCAAUCUCUAAUAGUUUAUCAGCGUUUCCUUCUUACUAUGACAGCUUCAGUGAUCUUCUAUUGGAUCCAAAGUACGACCGAAAAGUUCGAAUAAAAUUUGAUUCAAGUGUAAAACGUUAUUUAAAAGAAGAAGACAACACGGUUAUUGAUUAUGUAAUGGCAGAACCAAUUGAAAGAUGGUGGAGUCUUUACUGCACAGGCGACAAAACUCACAUUGAAGAAUGUCGUUCCUGGCUUUGGCGUUUACUAGCAGCAACACUUCUUCUAAUUUGGUACAGAAUUCAUCGUAAAAUUGAUAAUCAGUUAUGGAGUUAUUGGUACCGAAUUUUAAUAACAGCCGCCGCAUGUUGUGUUGUACUUGAUGCCUACCAUCGAAAAUGUGAUUCCAUAUCAGGUGUAAAACAUAUAUUAUCAGAAGAUUACAAGUUCAAUGACAGCACUGUAUUAAUAAAUUUUAGCAAGCUAGAAAACGAAACCUUUGAGCAAGACGAAGUCAUCGAAAGAAAAAAUAUCGAACGAGCUAUCUGCUUAUACCAUGAAGUUGAUGAAACUAACACAGAAGGCGUCGAAGAAACAUGUCAACUGUUAGGAGGUUUGCCACUAUCAACGAGUACGCCUGUGACACAGAGUAAGUGA